AUGCAAUUUCAAGGAGACAGGAAGAACAACAGCCAGCCAGUGCAUCUGCAUCAUGUCUCUCUCAACCCAAAACAUUCAUUCAUCCUUGGAUUUAGCAAGGGCGGUACUGUAAUUAAUCAGCUAGUUACUGAGUUUAGGUUCUCAGAUGUCAGACUUACUGGAAAUACACCCUGCUGCACUGAAGAACAGUCGAGAGGUGGUCAGCAUUUCAAUUUUUCAGAAGAGAGUAAAAUCAUACCUAAUACAGAACAAAACCUUUUAAACAGCAUCAUUGAGAUCCAUUACUUGGAUGUUGGUUUAAAUUCUUCUGGUGCAUAUCUAACUGACCUUGAAGUGAUUGAGAGAAUCUCCUACUGCCUCAUACAAGGAGCUCAGGGAAUUCGAUUUCUUCUUCAUGGAACUCCUAGGCAAUGGUGUGACAGUAGGUGA